GGAGGAGCCAGUUCCCCCACUGCAGCAUCCGAAGAGCGGGGAUCUCUCUUUCACAAACACAACUGAACAUCCUCCUUACUGCAGUCAAAUCCCCUCUGGACCGAGUGUGUGCCCCCCCGCUAGGAAUCCUCAGUGUCUAAAUCAACCAGUGUAUUGUCCGUCUCUGGUGAAUCUCAAGCCAAAAUGUCUUCUAAGCUACCUUCAGGCAAACCCACGUCCCCUUUCAGGAAGAGAGGCAGCCUGCAGUACACAGCCAGUGGAGUAGAUCUCCGUGUUGGCCGACACCUCCUCACAUCCCAGUAUUCUUUGCCUGGCAACCCUGUAACCAAGCACAGCCACAUUGACCUGCGCACAUCCAUGGAUGGCAAAUACAAAGAGAUUGCAGAGGAGCUGUUCUCCCGCAGCCUGGCGGAGAGUGAGAUGCGGAGCGCUCCAUAUGAGUUCCCUGAGGACAGCCCUAUUGAGCAGCUGGAGGAGAGGCGGCACCGACUGGAGCGACAAAUCAGCCAGGAUAUCAAGUUUGAGCCUGAUAUCCUGCUGCGAGCCAAACAGGACUUCAUGAAAACUGACAGUGCGACAGAUCUGGAGUAUAUGAAAGAACAAAACCAGGCUCCCAAAGAACCCUAUCCCGAGAGAGAACUCGUCCCUGAGAGGGAGUAUCAGAGAGUCGCCAUCUCUGGAGAGGAGAAAUGUGGGGUUCCAUUCACUGACCUACUGGAUGCUGCUAAAUGUGUGGUGAAAGCUCUGUUCAUCAGAGAGAAGUACGUCUCUCUGUCCAUGCAGAGCUUCUGCAGGACCACAGCACAUUACCUGCAGGAGGAGCUAGGUGACCGACCUCUGGACCUCGACACCUUCGAGGAGAUGCCGGAGUCCUCUGUAUCUGCAGAUGCGACGGUCCACCCACCGGUGUCAGAAACCCACCCCUAUGAGGUGCUAGACCCUGCCAGCAUGCCCCCAGGUUUGGGCUACACUUGCAAGAUGGUGGAUGGUGUUGUUCAUGUGUACACGCAGAAUUCCUCAGAGCUAGACUUGCCGUACCCAGACCUGCAGGAAUACAUCGCUGAUAUGAACAUGAUGAUGGCGCUCAUCAUUAACGGGCCAGUGAAAUCUUUCUGCUAUCGCCGGCUGCAAUACCUCAGCUCCAAGUUCCAGAUGCACAUUCUCUUAAACGAGAUGAAAGAGUUGGCAGCACAGAAGAAAGUCCCUCACCGUGAUUUCUACAACAUCAGGAAGGUGGACACACACAUCCAUGCCUCAUCCUGUAUGAACCAGAAGCACCUGCUGCGCUUCAUUAAAAGAGCCAUGAAGAAAUAUCCCGGUGAAAUCGUCCAUGUAGAACAAGGCCGAGGACAGACUCUAUCAGAGGUGUUUGAGAGCAUGAACCUGACGGCCUUUGACCUCAGCGUAGACACUCUGGAUAUGCAUGCGGACCGUAACACGUUUCACCGCUUUGAUAAAUUCAACUCCAAAUACAACCCCAUUGGAGAGUCCAUCCUCCGAGAAAUCUUUAUCAAGACUGACAACCAUGUUGAGGGGAAAUACUUCGGGCACAUGAUCAAGGAGGUGAUGGCGGACCUGGAGGAGAGCAAAUAUCAGAAUGUGGAGCUGCGGCUCUCCAUCUACGGCCGCUCACGAGAUGAAUGGGAUAAACUGGCUCAGUGGGCUGUCAAACACAAAGUUUAUUCAGAUAACGUGCGCUGGCUGGUGCAGGUGCCCCGGUUAUUUGAUGUGUACCACACCAAAAAGCAGCUAUCUAACUUCCAGGAGAUGCUAGAGAACAUCUUUAUGCCUCUGUUUGAAGUCACAGUCAAUCCCAGCAGCCACCCACAGCUACAUCUCUUUCUGCAACAUGUUGUGGGAUUUGAUAGUGUGGAUGAUGAGUCCAAACCUGAGCAUCACAUUUUUAACCUGGACAGUCCAAAACCUGUGAACUGGAUGGUUGAAGACAAUCCUCCAUACUCAUAUUAUCUGUACUACAUGUAUGCAAAUAUGACUGUACUCAACCACCUGCGCAGGCAAAGAAACUUGAAUUCGUUUGUAUUGCGUCCCCACUGUGGAGAGGCAGGGCCUAUUCACCACCUUGUGUCAGGAUUUAUGCUGUCAGAAAAUAUUUCCCAUGGCCUGCUUCUGAGAAAAGCUCCUGUACUGCAGUAUCUGUAUUACCUGGCUCAGAUCGGCAUUGCCAUGUCCCCACUCAGCAACAACAGCCUUUUCCUCAGUUACCAUCGGAAUCCUCUGCCUGAGUACCUGUCUAGAGGCCUCAUGGUGUCUUUGUCCACUGAUGACCCACUGCAGUUCCACUUCACAAAGGAGCCGCUGAUGGAGGAGUACAGCAUCGCUGCUCAGGUGUGGAAGCUGAGCUCAUGUGACAUGUGUGAGCUGGCCCGAAACAGUGUCCUCAUGAGUGGAUUUUCUCACCAGGUGAAAAGCUAUUGGCUGGGGCCACAUUAUCUCAAAGAGGGGCAGGAGGGCAACGACAUCAGACGCACUAAUGUUCCAGACAUCCGAGUGGCAUACCGCUUUGAGACGCUGUGCGAGGAGUUGAAUCUGAUCACCCAGGCCGUGCGGUCAGAGGAGCUGGAGACGGUUGAAGAGCAGGGCUCCCUGAGCAUGGAUGCAGGACCGGCCAGACGUUAGCGGUGUCAUACACUCUCAAUUAUUCACCCAGUGCAGAAUAUUUCUCCAGAUAUCCAGUCAAGCAUCAGGAAACCCCAGAAGUCUCCCCCUCUGUUACUGUGGACCUUACACUGUCCUUAACCUGCAGUCCAGCAUGAAGAUCUGUGAAAUGGUUUACACUAUCAUAGAUUAUAAAUGUUUGGUGUAGCUUGUACACUUGCUCUGAACGCUAACAACCAUAAACAUUUGUUCUUUGGCUCAAGUAUCUACGCACAUCUCUGCCAUGAGCCAUCAAAAUCAUGUCAUUUUAAAUGGAUUUUUAUCUCCUUUAUAUUCUUGAUUUGAACAGGUUCUGUUCUAAUAAGUUUAUUACUGUGAUAUUUGUUUUAUAGUGCUUGUAACCUUUGUCAUUUGACCAUUUUUAUGUGUGUCUGUAAUUGAAUAAUUAUUAGUGCUAUUUAUUGUAAAUCAGACAUGAUAAUAUCAAAGUGAAGUUUAUUUUUCCUCUGUAUUCUGUAUCUCAAAAUUAAAAUAUAAUUCUGAGAGUCUGUGGAUGUAAUAUUGUACAUAUACUAUUCACUGUAUUUUUCAAAGCAUAAGUAAGCUGCAAGAUUUUUAACCUAUAUAGAGAAAUAACUAGAGCAAUAACAAUGUAAACAGUGAAACUAUUUUUGUUAUAAACCAGUGUGUUUUGUGCUUUUGACCAGCUUUUUUUCCUGUGCCCUUCAUCCCUGUAGUGUUGGGACUGUAACUUAUGCCUAAACUUAGUGCAUUAAAACAUCAGAUUUAUGACUUGC